AUGCAGCACAACCAAGCGAAUUCCCUUGGUAACUUCGAUUUCGCGUCAGUCGCAGGAAUCCUCCCAGCGGCGGCAGCCGCGGCGGCACCCAUGGCUCGAAGCACGAAUCUGCUGCUGAGCAGCAUGGCGUCUACAGCAAUGAAAAUGAACACAUACGAGUUCAUCAGCCACAUCAGCAGCGAUGGCGCAUUUUACGACGACCCGGACGCGGGCGGCAGCAUUCGGCAGCUGCUGGCGAGCAAGUACGAGGCGGAGCGGGCGCAGGGCAUGAAGCGAGUGCUGGCGCUGCUGGCUACAGGGCAUGACGCUUCCGAGUUCUUCACAGAUGUGGUAAAGCUGGUGAUCACCCCAUCACUCCCCAUCAAGCGCAUGGUCUGCUCCUUCAUUGCCCACUAUGCUCAACGCCGUCCCUCUGAGGCCCUGAUGGUGAUAAACACCCUCCAUAAGGACCUGGGGGAUCCGGAUGCAGCAGUGCGCGCCCAUGCCCUGCGCGCCAUUGCUGCCAUGCGCCUGCCUGCAGCGCUGCAGAUCGCGUGUCUGGCCGUGGGGCGGGUGGCCAGGGAUCCAUCUGCUCUCGUUCGCUGCACCGCUGCUCUGUGUCUCCCUGCUGUGGCCGCCGUGGGGGGGGAGGCUGUGCAAGAGGAGGUGGAAGAGCUCCUCUCCGUAUUCCUCUCAGACUCCUCCCCCUCGGUGGUGGGAGCAGCAGCAGCAUCGUUCUCGGCCAUCUGCCCCCACCGCCUCUCCCUGCUGCUGCCGCACUUCCGCUUCCUCUGCCACCUCCUAGCAGACCUGGACGCGUGUGGCCAGACCACUCUGCUAGGCCUGCUGCUGCUCCCUCACCCGCUUCUCUUUCCCUGCUGCUCCCCUUUCGCCCACCAUUUCCUCCCUGAUUCUCCCCUUUCCUUGUCCUUCUGCUCCCCCUACCCCCCCCAUUCCCCCUCUCAGCUCCUCUCCGUAUUCCUCUCAGACUCCUCCCCCUCAGUGGUGGGAGCAGCAGCAGCAUCGUUCUCGGCCAUCUGCCCCCACCGCCUCUCACUGCUGCUGCCGCGCUUCCGCUUCCUCUGCCACCUGCUAGCCGACCUCGACGCCUGUGGGCAGACCACUCUGCUAGGUCUGCUGCUGCGCUGCGCUGCUUAUGCGCAUGGGACGGUGGGGAGGGGCAGUUUGGGGGGGGUUGGCAGGGGAGAGGGAGGGGGAGGAGGAGCGGAUGGAGGAGGAGAGGGACGAGCAGGAGGAGGAGCAGCAGCAGCAGCCGCAGCAGAAGGGGAAGGGGUGAAGGGCGCUCGUCCUGCCUCGUCCUCUUCUGCGUCCCUCACCCGCAACAUACCUUCAGAUGUGCAGCUGCUGCUGCGGUGCUCCCAGGGGCUCCUACACAGCAGCAGCAGCAGCGCAGUGGCAGCAGCGGCGACAGUGCAAUGGGAGCUAAACCCCAGUGAUGCCGACGUUGGAACACUCGUUGUGCCGCCGCUGCUGUUUCUCCUUCGAUCCACGCCGCACGCACAAAUGCCCGUCCUAACCAUAAUAUCAACCAUGGCACAUCGCCGGCCAUCCAUCUUCGUGCCCUACAUGCAUCUCCUCUAUCCCUCUGCAGCCGACCUGCCCCCUCUGCGCGCUCACAAGCUCGCCCUGCUACCUCUCCUCGCCACACCUGCCAACACCUCUGCUCUGCUGCUAGAGCUCCAGGCCUGCCUUCGUUCUGCGGACUCCUCUUCUGCCUGUGCCAUCAUUGCAGCAGUCACACGCGUGGCUGAGAGCGUGCCAGAUGUCGCAGCGUCAGUGGUGGAGGGGCUGGUACAGCUGGCAAUCCAGCGAGGCUCCAGCGGUGGUAUCAGCAGCAGCGGUGGUGGUGGUGGUGCUGGUGGUGCUAGUGGUGGUGCUGCUGGUGAGAGUGCAGAGGCAGGGACGACAGGAGAACAUGCAGGGAAGAAACAGGAAGAGGAGUGCAAGGGAGGGGAGCGGCAGGAGAGGAACGGACAGGAGAAUGGGCAGGAGGAAGGGGAGGAGGAAAGGCAGGGUAAUGAGGAGAAGGGUGAGGAAGGGGAGGAGGGAGAAGAGGAGGAGGGGGAGGAGGAGCUUAGGAUGGAGUUGAGGGCGAUGCAGAGUGGUGUGGUGCUGGAGGCUUUACAUGGAGCGAAACGGCUGAUUGAAGGAUGUCCCGCUGCACACAGCAAGGUGUUACUCCGGCUGCUCCUAUCCCUCCCAUCCAUCCACCCCCCUGAAGCCAGGGCCCUCAUUCUCUCUCUCCUCGCCCACGCGGCCCGCUCCUUACCCCCCCUCCUCCUCGCCUGCCCCACUGCUCUCUCCCUGCUCCUCCCCUCCCUCCCCUCCCAACCGCCCUCGGUCAAGCUCCAACUGCUCAAUGCUGCCGCUAAGGUGUACCUUUUGAUUGCAGCUCCACAUGUCAACAACUCGCCCAUCUCCUUCGCAACACCAGAAUCCUCUGACCUGCAGGAAGCGCACACCACCACAUCCCACGUGCUAUCCUCUGCUCUCUCCAUCUGUGCAUCAGACCUCUCCUCUGAUGUGCAAGACCGCUGCCGCUUCCUCUCCACCCUGCUCUCACCGCUCCUCUCCUCCCCUCUUCCUGGAAACACCAAAGCUCCUGCUGCUGCUGCUAUUUCUGCCUCUCCCGCCACAGCUGCUGCUGCCUCUCCAAAACUCCCUGCCGAUUCAUCUGAAGGCGAGGCAAGCGAAGGAUCAUGCAGUCAAGCGGUGACCAGCCAAGCAGGCACACAGGGGGAUAGUCCCCUUGUGCUGGCACUGGCCUGCGAACUAGUCCUGGGGCAUGAACUGAUGGGGAGUUCAGAAGAUCGUGAACCCAUUACUACUAUGAGCCUUACUGCUCCUUCUGACGCUGGAUCCCAAGCCGCCACUGCUGCUGCUGCUGCUGCUGACUCUGCUAGUGCUGGUGGUGCCGACUCUGCUGCUACCACUGUUGCUGCAGAUGCUGCUUCUGGUGCUGGUGCUGCUUCUGGUGCUGGUUCUGGUUUGAGACUCGCUUCAAGGCCCAGGGAAGAAUCUGGCGGUCCGGACCGGUCUAGGUUCCUCCUCUCGUCCAUGUCACAUUUUGUUAAUCACAUUGCACCUGGCUACGAACCCCUUCCCGAGCGUGGCUCCUUUGAGUCAUCCCCUGGCGUAGAUGGGCCUGCUGCUGCUGCUGCUGCUGCUGCUGCUGCUGGUAACACUGCUGCCGCUGGUGCUGGUGCUGGUGGUGCUAGUGCUGGUGGUGGUGGCAGGGAAGUGAGAGACGGUGGUGAUCUGGCGUCGUGGCUAGGGGAGGAUGUGGAUGGGGGGAAACCGACAGAUGGUGAGGGUGAUGGUGGUCGUGGUGUGGUUGAGGCGAGUAACUGGGUGGGGAAUGAGCAGCCGACAGGUGCGGAGGGGUCGAGAGGUGGUGGUGGUGGUGAUGAUGCUGCUGCUGGAGUGGGAGAGAGAGCAGGGGAGGGCUCAAGGGAGGGGGUAGUGGGUGGGGGGAGUGGAGUGCACGCAGUUGGGCGAGAGGUGGGGAGUGUGAAUGGCAGAGCAGGCGGAGCUGCUGUUGCUGCUGCUGCUGCUGCUGCUGUUGCUGCUGCUGCUGCUGGUACCCGGCAAGAGAUUGAGGGGUUUGAGGCGGCAUACCAGCAAUUCCAGAGCAAGCGGAAUGUGGAGGCCUGGUUGGAGGACUGA